AAACAUCUCUUAUAUACCUCAUCAAAAGUAAAGGGAAGGGCAGGCCACGUUUGACCUCUCUGAUCUGAGACUCUGAUCCCUCACCCCACCGCCUCUCUUCAUCAUCUAUAUCCAUGUUUAUCUGAUUAUCUUCCUCAAAAUUAACCAUAUAUUCACAUCAUGAGAUUUAAGGAUUUUCAUCUCAAGCUCAAGGCUUUUCGGCUUAGAAGGUUUCUCAUUAGAGAUGGAGGCAAGAAAAGAGAGUUUGAUGCGGCAAAGAAGCCUUCUUGGAUGAUGCCAAUAUCUCAUGGACAUCAUGUUAUUGAGGAUCAGUCGUUUAGAGGAGGUUCAGAUGAUUCGGACUCCAACUCAAUUGUGGUUCAGAGAGAACAAAUAGAGGAACUGGAGCUAUGGUUUUUUGGAGUUUUUGAUGCUCGAAUUGGAGAUGGAGUCACCAAGUACUUGCAAUCCCACCUGUUUGAUAGGAAAACCAAAGAGUCUCAGAUAAGAAGAAAGAGUAAAGAGACGAUGAAAAAAGCUUAUCUCGGAGCAAGAGCAAAGGUUAAGGAGACACAGAGAUCAGAUGAUGAGACAUGGAGAGUGGGUUCAGCGUCUGUUAUGGUGAUCAAUGGAGAAAAACUUGUGAUAGCUAACAUGGGUGAUUACAGAGCUGUAGUGUGUAGAGAUGGUGUAGCUCGUCAGGUGGGCAGCAAGCAUCAGCUAACAGCCAAAAGACACUGGACUCGCAGGCUCUUUUCUGUACGCAUAUUGGCAUGGAAUUCUAUUAAAGCAGCAGGUAACAAGCACUCCAAAAGCUCGGAGCUCGUGGUUGGAGCUGAAAGGAUCAACCCUGAUACUGAAUUUGUCAUCAUAGCAAGCGCUGGCAUAUGGGAGGUGAUGAAGAACCAAGAAGCUGUGAAUCUCAUCAAGCACAUGGAGGAUCCACAAGAAGCUGCAGAGUGUUUAGCAAAGGAGGCUUUAAAUAGAAUGACCAGAAGCAACAUUUCUUGUGUCAUUAUUCGCUUUGAUUAAAACAUGUUUUGUUUUCUUUAUUUGUGUAAUCCUGAAUCUUUUCGCAGCAAUUGAAAUAUAAAUUUUUUUGCAAUUA